AUGAAUGUUCUAUUAUGUUCUAUCAAAACACUAGAAGGGUUGUACGAUAUAUCCGGUGUGGAAGUAGGCCAACAUUUCUAUUGGCAAAUAGGAAGUUUCCAAGUCCAUGCUCAAGUACUUAUUACUUCUUGGGUCGUAAUUGCUAUUUUAUUAGGUUCAGCCAUUAUAGCUGUUCGUAAUCCACAAACCAUUCCUACUGACGGUCAGAAUUUCUUUGAAUAUGUCCUUGAAUUCAUUCGGGACGUGAGCAAAACUCAGAUUGGAGAAGAAUAUGGUCCAUGGGUUCCCUUUAUUGGAACUAUGUUUCUAUUUAUUUUUGUGUCGAAUUGGUCGGGGGCUCUUUUACCUUGGAAAAUCAUACAGUUACCUCAUGGGGAGUUAGCCGCACCCACAAAUGAUAUAAAUACUACCGUUGCUUUAGCUUUACUCACUUCAGUAGCAUAUUUCUAUGCGGGCCUUACAAAAAAGGGAUUAGGUUAUUUCGGUCAAAAUAUUGAACUUAUUGGGCCCUUUGAACAGGUUUUCAUGGAAAUAAGAUGUCCUGAUGGUCGAGAUGGUGGAAGGAAGGAUGCUUUCCCUGCAACUCAUGAAGAAAUUCAUCCAACAGGAAUGCUCAGUGUCGUCGCUAGUCUUACACCUUGGUCAGAUCAUAAUCAGAGCCCACGAAAUAUGUACCAGUGUCAGAUGGCAAAACAAACAAUGGCCUUCUCUUUACAAGCACUUUGCAAUCGUGCAGAUCAAAAGCUGUAUCAUCUUAAGACUCCUCAGUCUCCCAUUGUACGUACAAGUGCAUAUAAGAAGUACUGCAUUGAUGAAUAUCCAACAGGCACAAAUGCAAUCGUUGCUGUACUGUCAUAUACUGGGUAUGAUAUGGAGGAUGCCAUGAUUUUAAACAAGUCAUCUGUGGAUCGUGGAAUGUUUCAUGGACUAAUUUAUCAGACAGAAACAAUUGACUUGUCUGAUCAAAAGAGCAGGUCAGAUAGAUCACGGAAAUUUUUUAGGAGAAGUAACAUCAAUAAGAAUUCCUCGAUCGAUUCAGAUGGUCUUCCUUAUGUUGGUCAGACAAUAAAACCCAAUGAAGAAUUGUAUAGCAUUCAUAAUGAGGUGACAAAUGAGUCAAGAUCCAUCAAACACAAAGGUUCAGAGCCUGUUAUCGUUGACUAUGUUGCUAUUGAUGGGAAGAAGCUUCUUCAGAAGGCGAGCAUACGCUUUCGACACCCUAGAAACCCUAUCAUUGGUGAUAAAUUUAGCAGCCGACAUGGACAAAAGGGUGUUUGCUCCCAGUUGUGGCCUGAUGUUGAUAUGCCAUUUUCUGGGGUUACAGGAAUGCGUCCAGAUCUUAUCAUCAAUCCACAUGCAUUCCCCUCAAGGAUGACAAUAGCAAUGCUCUUGGAAUCAGUCGCUGCAAAGGGAGGUAGCUUACAUGGAAAAUAUGUUGAUGCAACACCAUUUGCUAAUUCAAAGAAUGUUAAUGAAGAGACUCCACCACAAUCGAAAACACUUGUUGAUGAACUUGGGGAAAUGUUAAAGGUUAAAGGGUUUAACUACCAUGGUACAGAGGUAAUGUACAGCGGGGUCUAUGGGACAGAACUCACAUGUGAGAUCUUUAUGGGUCCUGUUUAUUAUCAACGCCUACGACAUAUGGUUUCAGACAAAUAUCAGGUUCGUUCCACUGGAACGAUAGACCAGAUCACCCACCAGCCUAUCAAGGGACGAAAAAGAGGUGGUGGUAUACGUUUUGGUGAAAUGGAGCGAGACUCUAUGCUUGCCCAUGGGGCAGCAUAUCUGUUGCACGACAGGCUUCAUACGUGUUCCGAUUAUCACAUUGCUGAUGUAUGUUCUAUAUGUGGAAGCAUCCUAACGACCUCAUUCGUCAAGCCAGAAAGACGGGUUGGACGUGCAGUUAAGGGACUGCCGCCCAUAAGAGCCUCAAAGAAGGUCAUUUGCCAUGCUUGUCAGACGAGUAGAGGGAUGGAGACUGUUGCAAUGCCUUAUGUCUUCAAAUAUUUAGCAGCUGAGUUAGCAGCUAUGAACAUAAAAUUGACCCUCCAGCUAAAUAAUGCAGCGUGA